AUGGUGGACAGAGCGAUUGCUCCCGCUACAAGGGAGAGAUCCUACCACCACACCGAUAUCUUUGUGCCAUCACGUCAAAGCAAGAACACACAUCUACAGAUUCAACACGAUUCAUGUCCGCUAACUAUGUGUGAAAAUCUAGGUUCCAUGGCCGAUGUGCCUAAGGAUCUUCUGGCUGAGGUCAAGAAGCUCGAGGAGCAAUUCACCGUUCCAACUGAGAAGCUCAAGCAGAUCAGCGCGCACUUCAUCACAGAACUGGACAAGGGUCUGAGUGUCGAGGGCGGUAGUAUCCCCAUGAACCCGACCUGGGUUAUGUCCUUCCCUGAUGGCUACGAGACCGGCACUUACCUUGCCCUCGACAUGGGCGGAACCAACCUCCGUGUCUGUGAGAUCACCUUGACGGAUCAGAAGUCUGAGUUCGACAUCAUUCAGUCAAAGUACCGCAUGCCCGAGGAGCUCAAGACCGGCCAGUCAGAGGAGCUGUGGGAGUACAUUGCCGACUGCCUAGCUCAGUUCAUCCAGACUCACCACCCCGAUCACCCUCAAUCUCAGAAGAUUCCUCUGGGUUUCACCUUCUCCUACCCUGCCACCCAGAACUACAUCGAUGAGGGCAUCCUCCAGCGCUGGACCAAGGGUUUCGAUAUUGCCGGAGUUGAGGGUCACAACGUUGUCCCUUUCCUUGAGGCUGCUCUGGCGGCCAAGAACGUCCCUAUCAAGCUGUCUGCUCUGAUCAACGAUACCACUGGCACCCUGAUUGCCUCUGCCUACACCGACACUAAGAUGAAGAUUGGCUGUAUCUUUGGCACUGGCUGCAACGCUGCUUACAUGGAGGACUGCGGCUCCAUCCCCAAGCUUGCUCACAUGAACUUGCCUCCCAACACCCCCAUGGCCAUCAACUGCGAGUGGGGUGCUUUCGACAACGAGCACAAGGUCUUGCCUCGUACCCCCUACGACAUCAUCAUCGACAAGGACUCUCCUCGUCCCGGCCAGCAGGCCUUUGAGAAGAUGAUUGCCGGUCUCUACUUGGGCGAGAUCUUCCGCCUGGUCCUUGUUGACCUCCACGACAACAAGUCUGUGCACAUCUUCGAGAACCAGGACAUUGCCAAGCUCCGUAAGGCCUACACCUUGGAUUCCUCGUUCCUGUCCGCCAUUGAGGACGACCCCUUCGAGAACCUUCAGGAGACUAGCGACCUCUUCCUCUCCAAGCUGAACCUCAAGGCCACCAGACCCGAGUUGGAGCUGGUCCGCCGCCUUGCUGAGCUCAUUGGCACCCGUGCCGCCCGCCUCUCGGCUUGCGGUGUUGCUGCCAUCUGCAUGAAGAAGGGCUACGACAACUGCCACGUCGGUGCUGACGGUUCGGUCUUUAACAAGUACCCCCACUUCAAGGCCCGUGGCGCCCAGGCUCUGCGCGAGAUUCUCGACUGGCCUGCUAAGACCAACCCCAAGGAGGAGGAUCCUGUUGAGAUUCUCGCAGCAGAGGACGGCAGUGGUGUUGGCGCCGCCCUGAUUGCCGCCUUGACCCUUAAGAGAGUCCAGAACGGCAACAUGGCUGGCAUUCUCCACCCCGAGAACUUCACAUAG